GUAAGGUGAAAAUCAGAAGGGAUGUCAGGAAAGUCUCAUUAUCUGUUCAACAUUUCAGAAUCAUGUCAAUAUCACUGACGGGUAAGAUCGUGAUGAUCGUGAUAUGCCUGGGCGUGAUAGCGGGUAUGACCACCAUGAUAGUAUUCUACGUCGAGGAGCAAAAUAGUAUCACUACUACUACUACAUCCACUACCAUGGCUUCAACAGAACCGGACGAAACGCCUGAUACUCCUUAUCAGGUUGGAGUUGGUAUAGCGGAUAUGACUGGACCGUGUGUGGAGAUUACCUUUAUGGGCUACGCAGAGUUGGGUCAGACGGGGCAAGGGAUCCACAUGAGGCAGUACUCCAGAGCUUUCAUAUUCGUCAAGGGAGACACCAGGGUUGUUCUAGUGACUGCCGACGUCCAGGCUGUUGGCAUUGCGGUUCGACGUGAGGUUGUAAAGAAUCUUCAGGAAUCAUAUGGUGACAUGUACAGCCUCCGCAACGUGAUUCUAACAGGCACACACACGCACAGUGGCCCUGGAGGACAUCUUGUGGACUUUCUCCUAGAUGUCUCUAUACUGGGAUUUUCUAGAGAAACUUAUAAUGCUUAUGUUGACGGCAUUACGCGGAGUAUAAUGCGAGCCCAUGAGAAUAUCAUUCCAGCUCGUCUCUUCUUCAGUUCCACUCGUGUCCAGGAUGCUCAGUACAAUCGCUCUCCAUUCUCAUACGAUCAUAAUCCUUCUGAAGAAAGAGAAAGGUAUGACAGAAACGUAGAAGACGAAUUGACACAAGUCCGCAUAGUGAAGUCAGAUGGAAGCCUCCACGGGGUGAUGAGUUGGUUCUCCGUUCACACCACUAGCAUGAACAUGACCAAUCAGCUGGUAUCCUCGGACAACCUGGGGUACGCGGCUUAUCGCAUGGAGAAAACCCUCAACCCUGGGAGACCAGCUGGCAAGCCAGCAGUUGUAGCGGGUUUCUUCUCAUCGAUCCUGGGUGACAUAUCGCCCAACUUGCGUGGCGCUCAGUGCGAGUUCUCUGGCAAUGAGUGUGACAACCAGUUCCUGAUCUGUGCUGCCUUGGAGCGGUGCUUCGCCAAGGGUCCAGGGAAUGAUAUGUUUGAGAGCGCCAAGAUCAUUGGAGAGAGAGUUUAUCAAGGGGCUAUGGUUGCUCUUCAAAAUCCAAGUGAAGAGUUGGUCGGAGAAAUUUCCGUGAUCCACCAGUUUGUAGAUAUGCCAGAACAAGCUGUGCCAAGAUAUGAUCCUGUGCUAGAAAACUUUAACGUGACUGAAAUUGUAGCAGGCUGCGUGCCAGCGAUGGGCUACAGUUUCGCGUCUGGCACCAUUGACGGAGCUAAUGUUCUAAACAUUACUCAGGGUACUAUCCAUGGAAAUCCUCUACUAGACACGAUCGCAGGAAUUGUGGCUUUACCAACACCUGAGGACAUCGAGUGCCACGCUCCAAAACCCAUCUUGCUUGCCACGGGUAGAGCUGACGUUCCUUUACCCUGGCACCCUCGAAUAGCCUCGAUAUCUCUCAUCUGGCUGGGCGGUUUCGCCAUCUUGGGAGUUCCAGGAGAGCCCACCACAAUGGCGGGGCGGCGAAUGAAGCGCGUGGUGGGUGAUGUGAUGAAGAAACGUGGGUUUGCACCGAGGAUUGCUGUGUCCGCGUUGACUAAUGAGUACAUACAUUAUGUGUCGACGUUUGAGGAGUAUCAGAUACAACGCUACGAGGCUGCGUCUACGAUAUACGGCCCGCAUACUUUGGACAUAUUUUUGAACAAAUUCCACAAGUUCACCGUCACUGCCAUUGAGGGUACCAACGUCCCACCAGGUCCUGAACCGGCAGACCAUCUAAACGACACCAUCAGUCUCAUCCUGCCAGUGGUGCUGGACACGUCAGCUUUCGGCACUAACUUCGGUGACGUGAUCGAACAACCGCCUGAAGUCGUCAGUAGGGGCGAUACUGUUAGAGUUGUGUUUGUUGGAGCAAAUCCCAGGAACGACCUUCGCCAGGAGUCAAGUUACUCUGUGGUGGAGAGACUCGAACUCGGCACCUGGCGGACCGUCGCUACGGAUGCUGACUGGGAUACCAAGUUCCAUUGGGAGCGUGAAUUGGACUCGAAUACCGCCAGUCGCGUGACCAUAGAGUGGAACGUACCGAAUGACGUCAUCGCGGUACCGUACCGCAUCGUGUACCACGGCGCCUCACGGAGUAUACUGGAAGGCGGCCUCACGCAGUUCCAAGGAGUUUCUAGGAACUUUACGAUACAAUAAUGAUAAUUUUGUAAUAAUGAUUAAUUUUAUUUAUUAUGCUGACUGUGUCAAGUGUGUCCCUAUAGUUUAGCCACAAUUAUGGACAUCGCCCACGCCGAUUUUUUGUAGCGA